AUGACCGAGUCUUUGGAAGCGAAAACGACUCAAGACCAGUUUAUGGUGGAAACUUGCAACAAUGACUUGCCGCUAGCUGUAAAACUAAGCAACGAUGAUCCUGACGAAAUCGACGAUAAGUCAUUUGAGGAAAUCCAGGAACUCUAUAUUCAGCUACAAGACCUAUUCAAAAAGAAGUCGCUAGAGCUAGAGAAAACUUUUGAAGAGGAAAAAGCCCAACGAAUGACAUUGGCGUAUUACCUUCGUCGAAACCAAGCGCUAUUGAACAUCCUUUUGACUCAAGCUGAUGAACAAGACCAUUAUAUAUCAACCAAGGACCAAAAUCAGCGAAUAAACAAGAUAGUACAAACUGUGCCGAGAUUAUCCAACAAGUUGAAGCCAUUGCUAUCAGAAUCCAUUGACACGUCUUCCCUAAACCCAAACUACCUUAUAAAUCUAUACCUUUCUGAGAAAAUCCCCGAAUUGAUCAAUGAUGACUUGAUACAAUUGGAACUAAACCCUCAAGGUACCGAUGCUUGGUGUAGGAGGAAUUAUCCUAAUUUGAUAAAUGCUCAUAACAAACCAAUAACUAUAGAUCAGUUAAACCAGUUGAAUCAUGAACAGUAUACUGGGGUUGAAUUUGAUUUGGGCAUCGAUGGGAAGUUGGUACUUAGUCCCAUGGCCACCAGCUCUACAAGUAAGAAAAGAAGAAGAAAAUAA